AUGCUAUAUAAGCGCCCGCAGGCAAGGAAGAAGUACCCACUCAACUGCGCACUGAUGAUGUCCCCUCGUAUGGUGACGAAACGUUUGCAAGCCAAUUGCCAAGCUCGGCGAACAGAUCAACGGCCACCUGAACAACAACCAAUUAUGAGGUGGCUGUUGAUCUGUUCGCCGAGCUUGGCAAUUGAUUUGCAAACGUUUCGUCACCAUUCGAGGAGACAUCUUCAGUGCGCUGUUGGUUGGGUUUUGCUCCCG